AUGAAAAUGGUUGGAAAAAUAAAAUACUGUAGGCGAAUCACCGGAUCGGGAUCCCAUGAUCCGGCGUUGGUCGUCUCGGUACAACGUUCCACGGCAGCGUCGAUCAUACCAGCUGUUGUGCGCAAUGCGAGUCGGCGUACCAGGGCCGCAGCUAUCCAAAGCGUUGCACCGUCAACGGUCCGGACUAAAACAAGCGUAGCCGCCAGCCGGCCACCGUCAUCGUUUUAA